CCAAGCCAUGAAAGUGAUAAAAGUGAUAAAGACUCCAGUGGGCCAAAAGAAAAAAGUAAUACAAUUAAUAUAGACAAGUCGAAACCAAGCUAUGAAAGUGAUAAAAGUGCUGUAGAGUCCAGUGGAUCAAAGGACAUAAGUAAUACAAUUAAUAUAGACAAGACGAAACCGCUUGGUGAUAGAGGUGCAAUUUCGAAAAGUGAAAUCGUUUCAGAAAAUGCGGCUGCUAACUACAGUGGUUUAAAAGAUAAAAGUGAAAGCAAAUUACCCGAUAUGCCUGAAAAUGGAGAAAUUGUAAAAACAAUUUAUAGUCCAUUUAUCUCAAUUUUCGACAUAGAUGAUGAUGAAGAUGAAGAUGUAAAUGAAGUGGUAAAUCCAACGGACCUAUGUACACUAAAAGUAUCAGCAAUGCUGUCGCAGCAAACGAAGCAGGAACCCAUUCAAUUGCAAACAGAUAAUGAAAUGAAGCGAAGUUUGAACGAUAUGGACACAGAUCAGGCAUACGUAAAUGAAGAUUUUCUGCAGAUUCCAACAGUGCUGCAGCCUUCAUUAGAACAAUCAGUGGCAUCACCGUUUGCAUCAUACGAAGUUGUUAACGCGCCAACGUCGCCACCAUUAUCAGAAAAAGCGCUGUCAUUAGCAGUAAAUCCACAACUAUCGCAAGAAAUAACAAUACCACCACCAAAAUCAGAACCACCACUGUCAGAAGUAGCUAAUGUAGGUACAUCACUACCAACUAAAACACCGCCACGAACAGAAUCACCACCAAUACCAGACACACUACCAACCCCAACUGCAACGGCAAAAGCACUGCUCUCAGAUAUGCCAUCAUCACUUCCAGGUGUACCUACACCACAUCUACCGCUCCCAAAUGAAGUGCCAUUGCAACUACCAGAUGCAGCACAGCAUCUAACAGGAACAACACAGGCUCAAGCACUACAAAUAGGAGUACCAAGACUAACAGACGCACCACCAUAUGUUCCUUUUGCUCGACCACAAACACUGGUAAAACCUAAACAGCAAUUACCACCUCUAAUAACGGUAGCAACACUGCCUCCACCAGAACAACCAUUACGAGAAGCACCGCUACCAGGUGUGUCACCACUACAAACACCACAUUCGGAAACACCGUUUCUGUCACUAUUCUUAGAAGAAAAACCCCAAACAAAAGUUCCACCACUGUUACUUGAAGCACCACUAUUACUGGAUGCAUCACCAUUACUAGACGCACCAAGAACACAAACGGAAGCACCUCUACUGCCUCUACUAUCAGCAUCAACGGCAGCACCACUGCCUCCUCCACUACCAACAGAAAAAACAUUACAAACGGCAGCCCCACCGCCUCCUCCACUGCCAACUGAAGAACCGCCGCCACCAACAAAAGUGCCACCGCCUCCACCGCUGCCAACUGAAGAACCAACACCACCAACAAAAGUGCCACGGCCUCCACCAAUAUCAACUUUGGCAUCACGACUAUUAGACAUAACACUACUAUCAUUCAUUCUACGGAAUCCACCACUGCCAACAGAAGCACCACCAACAACACCACCACCACCACCACCACCACCUUCACCUCCACCACUGCCAACUGAAGCACCACCAACAACACCACCACCACCACCACCACCACCUUCACCUCCACCACUGCCAACCGAAGCACCACCACCAAAACCGCCUCCACCACCAUCACCACCACAAACAAAACACCACUACGAGCAAAAGCACUCCUACCAGAUGUACCCGAUGCAACGCCGCCAUCGAACACACUACCGUCUUCACCAAAAUCAGCAAUACCCACAAAAGCAUUUCGAACAGUACUGCCAAAAAAACGACCAGCACCAACGGAAGAUGCAUUUUCACAGUUACCAAUAA